CUCUUCUUCCUAACACGUGCCGCUUUUCUUCCUCAAGCUGAAGAGGAGGAUCCAGCCUUCUGGAAUAAGAAGGCCUCCCAGGCCAUCCAACAAGCCCUCCGUCUCCGCCCUCGGCACUACCGGGCCAAGAACCUCAUCCUCUUCCUGGGAGACGGCAUGGGUGUAUCAACCAUCACAGCCGCCCGCAUCCUGAAUGGACAGAUGCUGGGGCAUUUGGGCCCUGAAACGCCUUUGGCUAUGGAUGCUUUCCCCUACUUGGCCCUUUCCAAGACGUACAACGUGGACCGGCAAGUGCCAGACAGCGCGGGCACCGCCACCGCCUACCUCUGCGGGGUGAAGGGCAACUACCAGACAGCAGGGCUGAGCGCAGCCGCCCGCUACGACCAGUGCAACACCACGGCGGGAAAUGAGGUCACGUCUGUGCUGCAGAGAGCCCGCGCGGCUGGCAUGUCUGUAGGAAUCGUGACCAGCACUCGGGUCCAACACGCCUCGCCCUCUGGAAACUACGCUCACACGGUGAACCGGAACUGGUACGCGGAUGCCAACAUGCCCUCAUCCGCGAUCGCGGAAGGAUGCAAAGAUAUCGCCCAGCAGAUGGUGGAAAACGUCGACAUCACGGUGAUCUUAGGUGGUGGCAGGAAGUAUAUGACCCCGGAGGGGACCCCGGACCCCGAGUACCCUUCAAGCUCCAGUUCCAAGGGUCUCCGCAAGGAUAAUCGAAACCUCAUUGCCGAGUGGCUGGCGGCCUCCCCGGUAAGCGUCUUCAUCUGGCAUCUUCCUCAAGUGUUGUCCCCACCCCACCCACCAGGUCUCUUUGAGCCUUCCGACAUGAAGUACGACCACAUUCGAGACAACCUCACGGACCCGACUCUGGUCGAGAUGACCGAAGCGGCCCUCAAAAUUCUCCAGCGCAACCCCAGGGGCUUCUACCUGUUUGUGGAAGGAGGCAAAAUCGACCUCGCCCACCACGACGGCAUCGCGAAGCGGGCUCUCACCGAAGCGGUGGCGUUUGAUCAGGCCAUCCAGCGGGCCGGGGAGCUGACCAGUGAAGAGGACACCCUCACCGUGGUGACCGCUGACCAUUCCCAUGUCUUCAGCUUUGGGGGCUACACCCUGAGGGGCACCUCCAUCUUCGGUUUGGCCCCCAAACUAGCAUCAGACGAGAAGACAUACACGUCUAUUGUGUACGGGAAUGGGCCGGGCUACCAGAUCACCAACCAGAGUCGCACGAACGUGAGUGCUACUGCGAGCGAGGGCAACAGCUACCACCAGCAAGCGGCUGUGCCCCUCAGUUCCGAGACCCACGGCGGCGAGGAUGUGGCCAUCUUAGCCAAGGGCCCCAUGGCCCACCUCUUCCACGGGGUGCAGGAGCAGACGCACGUGGCCCACGUCAUGGCCUUCGCCAUUUGCCUGGAGCCUUACACGGACUGCGGACUGCCCAGUACCAACUCCUGCAGCGACAUCAAGCCCUCGUUUAUUGCUUUUCUCCUGGCGGCCGUGAUCUUCUGGGGCCUCUAA